AUGAACAUUUAUUCUGUGAACCGGAUCCCAGGAUUAUUCUCGUCUGGAUCAUUUCCUUCGCCUUUCUCACCCUUCAUCGAUGAAGAAUUUGUGACUGCAAAUAUCGACCAGCUUUUAUCUGAAGGAAAAUACGCAAAGGUUCCACUUAUCUCUGGUAAUCAGGAUGACGAAGGAACCCUGUUGAUUCUGGGGCAGCUAAGCCGGCUGAUUACCGAGGACGAUGUAAGACAAUACUUUCAGUAUCUGUGUCCCAAGGCCAGUGAAACCGAAACGACUGAGAUUCUCCAGCUUUAUCCACAAGACAUCACCCAAGGCUCACCAUUCAACACAGGUAUUUUAAAUGCUAUCACCCCUGGGUACAAACAAUAUGCUGCGCUCUUUGGCGAUUUUACAUUUCAGGCUUUUCGUCGGCUCACGCUUCGUACCACUCAAUCAGUUAUGCCUUCCUAUGGGUACAUUGACCGUGCAAUGAAAUUCACCCCCGUUGUAGGUACCGCUCAUACUUUUGAUCUCCUCGCUGUCUUUGGUAUCAUACCAGGGAGGAGGUCAGAUGAUUUCCAAGCUCGUUGGAUCGCGUUCACCAACACACUCGACCCAAAUUUUCCCGGGCUACCGUUGUGGGAACCUUACUCAAAUGGAGCUCGAAUCUUGGAAUUUCAAGAUACUGGAUCAAUUGGAAUGGUGAAAGAUGAUUUUCGAGAGGAAGCUAUGGACUAUUACCUCAGCCGGUUGGACAGUUUUAGGAUUCUUUCCGCCUGA